UCUCAGGCUUAGCAAGAAAAAGAAACAGAUCGUUUAUUGAACUUCAUGCAUCCAGAUCGUAUCCACUCCGCCGUAGAAAUACCGGUCGCAGAGUUCGUACGUACUACACCAAAUAUCAAGAAGAUUCAUUGGAGUCGAUGUUCGCCAUGAACUGUUAUCCUGAUUUAAUUGCAAGGGAAUGCAUAGCUUACUCCAUCGAUCUUCCCGAAGACCGAGUUCAGAAUUGGUUUCGUAACCGACGAGUCAAACGUAUACUAAAAACAUGCAAGUUAACCACGUCCAUGGAACAAAGUCGUGAUGAUAACCAUUCUCCUCACAAAUCAAUAACACAGCGAUACACAGAUGUCGAUUACGUCAUUCACCAACCGCCAGAUCAAGAUUCACCUGAUUAUGACAGAGAUUUGCCAUCAUUACCAUCAGACGUAGAGACACGCCAUUUUCCUCAUGUGAAUCUUCGUUCCUGUAUUUCACCAUCCGUUGAUUUUGACAUUUAUAAUUCACCAUUUGCGUAUCCUGUCUACCCGCCGUCUCCAAGCGUGUCAUACCCAAUGUCAUCUUUGCUCGAAAGUUCUCCGACUGAUGGCUCGGAUACCAGUCUUUGAAAAGAUAACCAAUUUCCAGUAACCGACAACUAUAUUUAAUAUUAGCACGUUCUUGUAAUUAUAGAAUAAACAUAUGACUUGCCGAUAUUUCUGAA